AAAUAUAAUAAACUUUCACGCGCACUCCUUUUUGGUUCACCGAUUUCUUCUACCUGUUCAGACUUAUCCGAGUGCUUAGGGUUUCCUCUUCCCUUCCUCGACUGCUAACAGAGCCACCCUAAUCGAGUCGGAUCAGGUCUGAAGUAAAGAAAUCUUGUUAAGUGUGUUUGGUUUCAUCUUUCAUGUCUGACAUUGAUCAGCUCCCAAGUGCUUUUGAUCCUUUUGCGGAAGCAAAUGCUGAUGAUUCUGGAGCAGGGUCAAAAGAGUAUGUGCACAUUCGCAUACAACAAAGGAAUGGUAGGAAAAGUUUGACGACAGUUCAGGGAGUGAAAAAGGAAUACAGCUACAGUAAGAUACUCAAGGAUCUUAAGAAAGAGUUCUGUUGUAACGGUACCGUUGUUCAGGACCCUGAGCUAGGACAGGUUAUUCAGCUCCAAGGAGAUCAGAGAAAGAAUGCAUCUACCUUCCUUGUUCAGGCGGGUAUAGUGAAGAAAGAGCAUAUCAAAAUGCAUGGGUUUUGAGGAGUUGGAGACUCGAGGAAACCUAAAUUAUCCGAUCCCUUUCAUGUUUGGUGCAUAUUAUUUAAGGUUCAUGUUAAAGACCUCAACGGGGCUAGGUACUACGUUAUCAUAUUCAAGAUCAAGCAUGUUAUAAAUAUUGCUUUCUUUCGUGAAGUGUGUAAACAUUUUACAGUUCAAGAAUGUUUCUUACUAUUUCCUUUCUUUUUAAAGACAGGAGUUGACAUUUUUAUCC